UAGCUGGCGAAGACUGGGCCGAUGUGUCCUUUGGGGUGAAAAUCACGGCAGUGUCUCUUUUCCCAUCAGGUACCAACAUUGAUCCGGUUUCUCUGGCGUGUUCUUCUAGUCCGUUGGGGACCUUUCUCGGUAUCGGACACAGGGUUGGCCCCAUAUUCUGGUAAUGUUUGGCCCCAGCAAGGUCCGAGAAUAAUGAAGGUCAUGCAGAACCUAACGCCUGGCCGGCGCCCAUCAAUGACCGAUCUGAAGACGAUUUUCGGUCUCGCUAGGAGUACUCUUCUGUAGCCAGGAAGGGUGAUGUUGAAGGGCAAAAACCAACCCAAGAGCUAGCUAAAACAUAUUUUAGGGCCGUUCGCUUACCUGAACAAGGAGCUCGCCGGCCCCAAAAUCGCUCUCCUAACAGCCGGCUAUCUUCAAUUCUAACAUGCCGCGCCCCCUGCCAUCUACUCCCUAUUUUUGGGCGUCUGCAAAUUAUCGUCUGGAGGUGGUUGGUAUUCCAUAAUUCGAUAAUUUAUCCGCCUCGUUGCACCCUAUCUGUCCCUGUUCUUUUAGAUGUUCUCUUUCUCCCCCGCCUCAUCUACGUGACUCAAGCGGAUACACCGGGGCACGCCCCGAACCUUGAGGUCGAAGAUGGCCCAACCAACCCCUGAGCAACUCGAAUAUUAUACGGCACAUGCCGACGAUGAUAAGCGACCUAAUGAAAUUGCCUCUCUCGUGUGUGGACUUUUCGCGGCCAUCGUCGCGGUCGCUGCACGAUUCGCGGCGCGGCGCAUCUCCAGGAUUACGCUUGGACCGGAAGACUGGACAAUAAUUGCGGCGAUGAUGGGUGAGAUCACAUAUGCCGUUGUAUUUGCCAAGGCCAUCGACAACGGUCAAGGGCGACAUAUUAUCUUUGUCAAGGACGCGGUCUCCUUCAGCAAGGGAUAUGUUGCCGCCAUCGUCAGCUACUCCUUUACGGUAAUGGUAACAAAGAUCUCGGUCCUGCUUUUUUAUUGUCGACUGUUCGGGUCGAAAUGGAUAUACACAUCCUCCUGGAUUGUCGGCACCAUUGUUGUUCUGUACAACCUGGCGGUCAUCCUGAUCGCCGGGCUGCAGUGUAUUCCACUGUCUGAUCUCUGGACUGGUGGGCCGUCAUGUAUCAACACGGAGCCUUCAUUCACUGGAUUGGCCGUUGUCAACAUAGUCACCGAUGUGCUCAUUCUGGCCCUCCCCGUAAAACCGGUGAUGAAUCUGAACAUGAAAUCGGCUCGGAAAGUGCAGGUGAUGGGAAUAUUCCUACUGGGAGGAGUUGUCUGUGUCUUCGGAAUCAUCCGCGCCGUCGCAAUGACGGAACUCAGUCUUGUCGAUCCAACUUGGACAGCAGUCGGCGCUGCAAUGUGGUCCUUCGUCGAGAUCUCCGUGGGUAUUGUUGCAGCAUGCCUGCCCAUGCUAGGACCUCUGGUUAGAGGGAGAUCGGGUACAAGUACAAGCCCGUCCGGGGGUAGUGGCUACGUACGAUCGGGCAAGUUCAGCGCCACGGUCUCGAGCAAGUCCGGGUAUAUUCAGCAGGACGACAUUCCUCUGACGGAUGACUGGACGCAAAAUGCAGAAGGGUCCUCGGCAAAUCAGGGUCGAACGUAUCAGGUGCAGGGCGGCCCCCCCGUAUCGCCGUCGCCGUCGAAGCAUAAUGCCAAGCAGAUAUCGGUGCAGCAUGAUAUCCAGUCUACGACGACGUUCGUUUGACGGGAAGAGUAAAAGCAUAUCUUGUAUUUUUAGAUUGUUGGCGUUGUUCGUUCUUUUUGUCUUGCUGGCUAGACGAUAUAGGCUUGUGUAUAGGUAGAGCAAUCUGUGUAUAUCUGUGUUCAUUUACAUAUUAUCACCCAAGGAGCUUCGAAUUGGUCGAGAAUCCACUACCGAUCGACUGAUAAUCUCGGUUAAUGCUCAUACCACCCACAGAUCCUGCCAAUUUAAGCUAGAUGGCAGUAGGCCGUGGUGAACCCUUUCUAUGCCGACACCGCAAAAGCACGGAGCAUUAAACGUGCGUUCUUUCCAAGCCACCCGUGAACCCCGAGUGAAUAGUGCAAGCCGCGAUGAUCGUCAGUCAGACGGGAUUAGGUAUCCGGGCCGGCCGGUGGAACUACUCACUAGUACUUCUCUACGGAUUGUAACCUCCGUCAGCAGAUGUAACAUUAAUGAAAAGAAUUGGAGAAUAAGAUAAAGAGAAAACAAUGUGAGCGAAUCAUGGAUGGCGAAUUGGAGUAAUCAGUCAGUGGUGCGCCUUCUCGGAGUACGGUAGCCGAGGGAUCUGACAAAAGUUCUGGGUCUAAAGAGUAUGCACGUAAGACAAGCCAUACGAAGUACGAUGCAUGAAUCCACCCGUAAGCUCAUGCAAGGGAAUCCAAUCCAACACGGGCCGCUAUGGUGGACGUGAGUGGCCGCUGUCACUAACAUCGCCUCGAGGCGAGCGAUAACGUCUACGAUGAGGCUCGGAGCAGUGUGCGGAGAGCGACACUUUCUAUGGAUAUGCAGCUAGCGAGAGUAUAACCCCUCACCAAGUAUGAACGUGUGAUGAAUGCUGCAUGACCACUUGCUGCACUCUGUAUACUUGGCCCGGAUAGACCGAGGAUCCCCGCUGUUCAAGGACAACUCAGGUAGUAUACUUCUUGAUAAGGGUCAGCAGCGAGCACUAUAAGAAGGCAGCUGAUUC